ACCCUCCGCAGCAGCCUCCCUGGCAUGGGGAUGAAGCGGCGCCUUCAGAGCGGGGGCACCUUGCUGGGCUUCUCGGCCCAAAUCCUCACGAUUCUCUCCACUGCCACCAACUACUGGAUUCGCUACCCUGGCGGCCACAGUGGCCUGUGGCAGGAGUGUAAUGGCGGCAUCUGCUCCAACAUCCCCUGCCAGACCACGCUGGCGGUGGCGGGCGCGUGCAUGGUGCUGGCGGCGUGCUCCGCCGUCGUGGGUUUGGUGAUGGGGCUGCGGGUUCUGUGCCACGAGGGUGACUCGCGGGGCCAGACUCUGAGCGGCGCCUUCUUCCUCUGCGGGCUGCUGCUGCUGAUCGCCCUAACAGGCUACGCCGUCAAGAACGCGUGGAAAAACGACGUCUUCUUCUCAUGGUCCUAUUUUUCGGGGUGGCUGGCUUUACCCUUCUCUAUCCUCGCGGGCUUCUGCUUUCUGCUGGCGGACAUGAUCGUGCAGAGCACGGACGCCAUCAGCGGAUUCCCCGUGUGCUUGUGACCGCAGCCUGCCUGGGGCAGAAUAAAGGAACGGCUUUCACC